AUGUCUUCUGCGAAGUACAUCCUUUCCGGCACUGCCAUUUUGGCAGGCCUUAUCGGGGCUCAGGCCAAGCUCGACACCAGCUCGAGCAGCAACGUUGCUGUCUACUGGGGACAAAACUCCUACGGCGCCGCCAGCGGUGGCUUGGAGCAACAAGACCUCGGCAAGUACUGCGAUGACGACAACAUCGACGUCUUGAUCUUGUCCUUUGUGACUCAGAUCAACGGCCAAGGUGGCGCUCCUGUCAUCAACUUUGCCAACACUGGCGACAAAUGCACCCUCAUCGACGGCACUGAGCUGCUUAGCUGCCCCCAAGUCGGUACCGACAUCAAAACCUGCCAAGACAAGGGAAAGACCAUUCUUCUUUCCAUCGGUGGUGCUACCUACAGCGAAGGAGGCUUCACCAGCUCGGACGACGCCACCGCCGGUGCUCAGUUGAUCUGGGAAACCUUUGGUCCCUCUAAGAAUGGAUCGGCUCAACGUCCAUUCGGCGAUGCCGUUGUUGAUGGAUUCGACUUUGACUUUGAAUCUACUGUUUCCAACAUGGAAGUCUUCGGCAACGAGAUUCGCAGCCUCAUGGACGCCGACACCAGCAAGAAAUACUUCUUGACUGCCGCUCCCCAGUGUGUCUACCCUGACGCCGCUGACAACGCCAUGCUGAACGGUGCUGUUUCCUUCGAUGCUAUCUGGGUCCAAUUCUAUAACAACUUCUGCGGUGUCCAGAACUACAAGUCAGGAACCGACACACAGACUGCCUUCAACUUUGACGUCUGGGACAAGUGGGCAAAGGAAACCUCCAAGAACCCUGAUGUCAAGGUCAUCCUUGGUGUUCCUGCCAACACUGGCGCUGCCGGUUCUGGAUACCUGUCUGCUUCCGACCUCAAGCCCGUCGUUGACUACUCUGCUACCUUCUCCAGCUUCGGUGGUGUCAUGCUGUGGGAUGCCUCCCAGGCCUAUGCCAACGACGGCUUCCUUGCCGGCGUCCGCUCUGACGUGGGUAGCAACAGCAACAGCACCACCACCAAAUCUCGUGUGAUGCGCAGCUUUGCCGACCGCCGCUACUGGUAA